GCAAGAUGGCUGAAUUCCCGAUGAGCCCCGAGCUAGCCAAGUCGCUGCUGGCGAAGUGUUGAGCUUGGGUGCAGCGAAGAGAUUCUGACCAUUGCCGCCUAUGCUGUCGUCUGAUGGCACGGUAUUUUACCGCCCGCGGGAGAAGCAGGCAGCCGCUGACUCGAAGAAGGCAAAGUUCCACCAGCCCGAGGGCGACCACCUCACGCUGCUGACAGUGUACAACUCCUGGAAGGCGUCAAGCUUUAGCAACAGCUGGUGCUUUGACAACUACUUGCAAUACCGGAGGCUGCGGACGGUUUCGGAUAUCCGCAAGCAGAUGGUAGGCAUCAUGGACAGAUACAAGCAGGACAUUGUGAGCUGCGGCGAGCGCAAUUUCGACCCAGUCCGGCGUGCCCUCUGCGCCGGCUUCUUCCGCCAUGCGGCGAAGCGUGACCCGCAGGAGGGAUACAAGACGCUGGUGGAGGGCACUAUGGUCCACAUGCAUCCGUCGAGCGCGCUGUUCAACAAGAACCCCGAGUGGGUCAUCUACCACGAGCUGGUCAUGACGUCCAAGGAGUACAUGCGGGAGGUGACUCUGGUGGACCCCAAAUGGCUGGUGGAGAUGGCGCCCACCUUCUUCAAGGAGGCCGAUGCAACGAAGAUUUCGAAGCGCAAGCGCAAGGAGCGGCUGGAGCCGCUUUACAACCGCUUCGAAAAGCCGAACGAGUGGCGUAUCAGCAGGGUGCAGAAGCCAAGGAGGGCCAAGCAGACGUUUGGAUGAGGAUGCUGUUCCCAGCGUCACAGCUGAUCGACAAGAAUGGGGUGAUGUGCUGUCUCGGAUGCAUGCCCUGGCGGUGCACAGACAUGCAUAUAGUGGUAGAUUUUCUCUUUUUUAUCCAUUUGCGUUUUGACUGAAGCAAAACCUUGCGUUCUGGGUCUGCGUUUUUGGGGGAUGGGCAAAAGGGAUGUGGAU